CCGAACCGCGCACGAAAAGCAUGAAUUAAGAUUUUGUGUGUUGGCGGAUUCGCAAUUUUUCUUGGUUUACGCAUGAUUUGAGGAAUUUUUAAAGGCUCUACCAAUUUUUCUUGGCUAAUUGCUCAUGGAAAACCAAGUACCUAAAACCCCAGACGGAUUGCUUGCCUACCAAGGCCGUCCUUCCCUCUUUUAUCCAGCAGUUCGCAAUGACAGCGAUGAUGACAUCGCAUCCGAAAGUGGCUUUCCAAGUCGACUGGCCAGUGGUAUGGGGACAGCCAAGUUCCUCUGCGGAGCCUGUCUGGCCCUUCUGGGUGGUAUGGCUGUUUAUGUCCAGGCCUGGUCUGCAUGGAUGUACGGCGGAAUCUGGAGUGGACUUUUCGCCAUUUUCACUGGCCUUUGCAUCAUUCUGACAGCUCGCAAGCAGAAACCUCAAAGGAAAUCACUCUUGGUUGCAUUAUUAGUUCUUUCAGUGCUUGGUUUCUUCAAUACAGGACUAUUGGCUACCUUUACCGCCAUGGGAUUGGUGGCUGAAGUGUACAUGGAAGAUGUGGCUGGCGCUCUGGUGUGGAGAGGCGUAGAAAACGCGUCCCCAUUUGUAGUUCAGCUGUUGUUGCUAGCUACAGCUACAGCAGAUUGCUUGCUUUCGCUAGCUUGUUGCGUUAUUAGUGGCCGAGAAGUAUGCUGCUGUGGACGUCCUACUCCAGCGGUUGUCCAUUCCCAGAGAAGAGAUCGUUUGAUCAGCUGGCUGGGUUCUCAACAGGGUACGCUGCCACCACAAAAGGUGGUAAAUCUUCCAACAGUGAAACUGGUUCCAUCUGCCCAAAAGCGCCCCACACGGCCGAAAACACCUUCCACCAUGCGUAUGUUCCCCCCGGGUGUUGACCUAAAUGAUUCGCCACCCUCUUCUUCAAGUGGUGAGGCAUCCACCCACACAAAUAUGCCUCUGGUCAAGGCAGAUAGAUCAGGUAAACGGAGAGGCGAGAGAAGGCAAAGGGAAGAUCCCCAGUUACGACGCCAUGAACAGGAACAGUCUUCCCGCCCGAAUAAUCGAAUACCAGAAUCCGUGCCAAGAGAUGUCAAUGAUUCCCGCCAAAAUCCAGCAGUUCUUGAUGAGAAGUAUUUUGCACUUGAUAAGAAAUUAUCUGAGGAAUUCAUUGAUAGGACAUGGAAUUUCUGAGGUGAAAAUUUCAAAAACUCAUAGUGUCUCUCUCGUAGUACUGCAAUUUAAUUUCAAUACUUCAAGAGCAAGUUUUCUCCCAAUUUUUGACAAUCAUAUUCAUCAAUUAAUCCCUCAUUAGAAUGGGGUUAAAUACAAUGAUCUAAACAUGGUACCAAAAGCUGCCCAGUAACAAUGCAAAUAAAGACAUUGAACGGGAUUGCUAUUGGAUUGUCUUGCUUCUAUGAAUGACUUUGAAAGUUAUUUAUUAUAAAUGGUGGAAAGCAGAGCUUUGUGGGUUUUAUUUUUUCUCAUUACCUCUUGGAGAAAUACACUGAAAAUAUCUGAAGAACUCUUCGGAAAAAGAUUAGAAUUAAUUCUUCAAGUCAGAAUCAGGAGCAUAACAAAUUAAUUAGUGGAAUAAAAUUAGUAGGAUAUGACACCUACUUUCAUAAUUUUAGAGACCUCCACUUUUUCAACAAAACUGUCACACCAAAGACAGAAAUGAACAAUAAUUUUCUGUGAUGUGAUUAGAAUUACUGACUUCUUUUGUCGACUAAAAGUGACAUUUUAGGUUAAAAUUAUAAUUUUCAUGAACUCGAUCACUUUUUGUUUAGGAUAAUGAAUGAUUCAUAUGAUGCAAACAUAUCACUUCUUGGUUGUGAAAUAUUUAAGAAUCAUCAACAGGAAUAUUUUUCUGUUCAUUCAUGCACAGACUGCUGAAAUGCCAAACUAAGUUAUCUGUUUCAACAACUUCUACUAAAUAUUUCAGUGCGGAGCUGUGCUUAUUUCAUUUGUACAAAAAUGGAAGGAAAAAAAUGUAUUAUGAUAGUUUAGUUUUUUUUAUAAUAUUCUUUAUAAUCUCCCAUUUUAAUGCCUGCUCAAAAUAGACAGAAUAGUCUGCCUGUUAAAGAAUAGAUGUAUUUCUUUUUGUAAAAAAAGUAGGAAGAAAUAAAAGCCAAUACUGAUUUUGUGGAA